UAUAUAAGAGGCAGCCGCCGCGCCUCGUCCUUGUCCUUUGGCUACCGUUCGCCAUGUUGGGAGCCGUGGGACGGUGCAGCAGGGGAGUGCUGCAGGCCCUGCGGCCUGCAAUCAAGCCCGUUCAGCCAGCUUCGGGCGCACCUGGUGCACUCUAUUCACGGCGAAAUUAUGUUGCACAAGCUAAUCCAUCUGCUAAAGAAAGCUUGCCUAAAGGACGGAUUGUUGCAGUAAUUGGAGCUGUUGUGGAUGUCCAGUUUGAUGAAGGGCUUCCUCCAAUCCUGAAUGCUCUAGAUGUGAUGGGCCGAGAGAGCCGGCUGGUGCUGGAAGUGGCCCAGCAUCUUGGUGAGAACACUGUACGAACAAUUGCUAUGGAUGGUACUGAAGGGUUGGUGCGUGGGCAACAAGUUCUGGAUACUGGUGCUCCUAUCAGGAUUCCAGUUGGACCAGAAACUCUUGGUAGAAUUAUGAAUGUCAUUGGUGCACCAAUUGAUGAGAGAGGACCAAUCACCACAAAGCAACAUGCUGCAAUUCAUGCUGAAGCUCCUGAGUUUGUGGAGAUGAGUGUUGAGCAGGAGAUCUUGGUGACUGGCAUCAAAGUUGUAGACCUGUUGGCUCCCUAUGCCAAGGGUGGAAAAAUUGGUCUCUUUGGUGGUGCCGGUGUCGGUAAAACUGUACUGAUCAUGGAACUUAUUAACAACGUUGCUAAAGCCCACGGUGGUUACUCCGUGUUUGCUGGAGUCGGAGAGCGUACCCGUGAAGGGAAUGAUUUAUACCAUGAAAUGAUUGAGUCUGGUGUCAUCAAUCUGAAAGAUGCAACAUCCAAGGUAGCACUUGUAUAUGGUCAGAUGAAUGAACCACCUGGUGCCCGGGCUAGAGUGGCGCUGACUGGACUGACUGUUGCUGAAUACUUCCGUGAUCAGGAAGGGCAAGACGUGUUGCUGUUCAUUGACAACAUUUUUAGGUUCACUCAGGCAGGUUCAGAGGUAUCUGCUCUGCUUGGCCGUAUUCCUUCUGCAGUAGGUUAUCAGCCAACUCUGGCCACCGACAUGGGAACCAUGCAAGAGCGAAUCACCACCACAAAGAAAGGAUCGAUUACAUCAGUACAGGCUAUCUAUGUACCAGCUGAUGAUUUGACUGACCCUGCACCUGCUACUACAUUUGCCCACUUGGAUGCCACAACUGUGCUUUCACGUGCAAUUGCUGAAUUGGGUAUAUAUCCAGCUGUAGAUCCACUGGAUUCUACUUCACGUAUUAUGGAUCCCAAUAUUGUUGGACAAGAGCAUUAUGAUGUUGCUCGUGGUGUACAGAAAAUAUUGCAGGAUUACAAGUCUCUGCAGGAUAUCAUUGCCAUCCUGGGAAUGGAUGAACUGUCAGAAGAAGACAAACUGACUGUAGCUCGUGCCCGUAAGAUCCAGCGUUUCCUCUCUCAGCCUUUCCAGGUUGCUGAGGUGUUUACAGGUCAUCUUGGAAAACUUGUACCUCUCAAAGAGACCAUUAAGGGAUUUCAGAUGAUUCUUAAAGGUGAAUAUGAUCAUUUGCCCGAGCAAUCCUUCUACAUGGUUGGACCUAUUGAAGAAGCAGUCGCCAAGGCACAGAAGUUGGCAGAAGAGCAUUCGUAAUACUGUAACAAUCAUGUUGUGUAACUUGUAUGAAAUGUCUUCAGAUGUGUUGUCUUCAUGACAAGAUCAGAAUAUUAUUUAAUGUUUCUACAAAUAAAAUGUCUGGAUCUGAAGGAAUGUCAUAAAGAUGAUCACAUCACAUGACCAAAAUAAAAUCAAUAUCUGCCUGUAA